GGAUGCUCUCUAUUCUCCAACCCAACCGGGUCCCGCAGCCCCGCUUAUCAGUCGCCAAUCAGGAAAGCUGUUACGACUUAGGAUCAACGGUCCAAUGAGAAGCCUGGAUAUUCGGAAGGUGCGGCCGUUGCCGCCAUGUUUGAGUCCCGAGAAGCCCUUGAGAGGUGUGCUCCAUCGACCUUGUUGACUGUGUUUUCGUUUAGGGAGGACACCUGGAUGCAUCGGAAGCAGAAGAUGGAGCCAGUGACCUUUGAGGAUGUGUCUGUGAACUUCAGUCUAGGAGAAUGGGCUCUGCUGGAUUCCUACCAAAAGAAGCUCUACAGAGAUGUGAUGAUGGAGACCUUUAUGAACCUGAUCUCCAUAGGAAAGACAGAGGAAGAAAGUAUGGAUGUGAAUUACCCAAUGGUCCAGAGAAAUCGGAGAAUUCAGGUGGUUGAGAAAUUCUGUGACUGUGAACAUGGUAGUCAGUGUGGAAAGACCCACCAACAGAAGACAGAGCAUAUUGCUAAUGGGGAGAGUCGUCCUGCAAUCACAGCCUAUGAAAGCAGUGUGAAUAUAAAAGACAUCAAUGGUCACUCAUCCUCAGAUGCGCUCCUUAGAGGUCAAAAUGAAGAGAAACCAUACGGAUGCCAAGAACUCAGGGAAAAGGCUAUUAAACAUGAAAAAUGUUGGAAAGAUGUUAUUUAUUCUGAAUCCUUCCAGACACUUGAGAGGGUUCAUGCUACAGAGAACAUUUGUGAAAAUAAACACACCAAUGAAUCUUACAGGAUUCCCACUUCUCAUCAAGAUUAUGAGAGAACUCACACUGGAGAUGAGCUACACAAGUAUAAACAAUUUGAGAAAACCUUAACGGGAGAAAGUUAUAUUCAAAUAUAUGAAAGGAUCCAUACUGGAGAAAAACCAUUUGCUUGUAAGCAGUGUGGAGAAGCCUUUAUUAAUUCCAGUCACCUGACCAAACAUCAGAGAAUUCACACAAGAGAGAAAACAUACUCAUGUAGACAUUGUGGUGAAACUUUCCUGUAUUCCACGGCCCGUCAUAAUCAUGAAAAAACUCACAAAAGAGAACGUAGUUUCAUAUGUAAACAUUGUGGGAAAGCAUGCAUCCACUCUUACCAACUUCUUCAGCAUGAAAGACGUCACACUCGAGAAAAACGUUACACAUGUGAUCAAUGUGGCAAAGCAUUUAGACGGUCCUCAAACCUUCACAAACAUGAAAGAAUUCACAGUGAAAAACGUUAUGCAUGUAAACAUUGCGGGAAAGCUUUUAUCACUGAGGGCAACUGUUACAGCCAUGAAAGAAUUCACACUACAGAGAAAACAUAUGUUUGCAAGCAGUGUGGGAAAGGAUUUACACUUCCCUCAUACCUUCGAAAACAUGAAAGACUUCACACUGGAGAAAAAUGUUACACAUGUGAUCAAUGUGGCAAAACAUUUAGACGGUCCUCAAACUUUCUCAAACAUGAAAGAAUUCACAGUGAAAAGAAACGUUAUGCAUGUAAACAUUGCGGGAAAGCUUUUAUCACUGCGGGCAACUGUUACAGCCAUGAAAGAAUUCACACUGCAGAGAAAAAGUAUGUUUGCAAGCAGUGUGGGAAAGGAUUUACACUUCCCUCAUACCUUCGAAAACAUGCAAGAAUUCACACUGGAGAGAAGCCCUAUACAUGUAAAUAUUGUGGGAAAGCCUUCACCCAUUCUAGUGCUUAUUACAAGCAUGAAAAAAUUCACACUAGAGAGAAACCAUAUGUAUGAGUAGAGUGUGGGCAGGCAUUCACCUUUUCCAAAUCCCUUCAAAUUCAUGAAAGAACUCAUACUACUAGAGAGAAAUUUUAUGAGUGUAACCAGUGUGGGAAAGCUUUUACAUGUUUCUUAUACCUUCAAAGGCAUGAAAGAUCUCACAAUGGGAAGAAACCCACUGGGUAGAACUCAUACCUCUGUAAGCUGUGUAACUAGUCAACUUACUGUUGAGAAUAUUUAUUUAUUUAUCAUUUGUUUAUUUGUAUGAGGUUUGGGUUAAGAAUACACUCGCCUCAGUGUACACAUGGGGAGCCCCAGACAGCUUUCUGGAUUCAGUUCUCAUAUUUCCUUUAUGUGAGUCCUGAUGAUGGAGCUCAGAUCCUUAAUCUCCUUAACCCGAACGACCCUUCUGAGCCAGCCCACCAGCAUUUAACGUGCUUUUUUUAUGAAUGACAAUUCUUAAAUAAGUUUUAUAUUUUGUAAUUUUCUAUGUAUACUUUUUCCAACAAACUAAUGGAUAGACGGGGCUUGAAGGAUGGCUCAAUAGUUGUUUACUUGCUGUGAUUGCAAAGAGAGGACCUGGCUUGAAGUCACAGCACCCAUGUGGUGACUCACAGCCAUCAGUAACUCCAGUUCCUCGUGAUCUGACACCCUCUUCUGGGCUCUGAACAUUGUGUAUACACACUACAGGCAAAAUACAUAAGAUAAUAAGCCUUUAAAAGAAUGAAGAUAUACUGGAUAAAACUUGUAAGUGUAAUUUUCCCCAUAAGUGCAAGUGUAUAUAGAUGCAUACCUGCCCUUGCAUCAGGCACCAUAGUGUAUACCUUUUAUUCCAACACUGGGGACAGAGGCUAGAAAAGUAUAACACUAAAUAUAGGGGUUUUGAAUACAAUUUGUGAGACUUGAGAAAAGACCAUUUACAACCAAAUUAAGUUGUCACUGUUAAAACAUGAGAGGUCCAGGUGUGCCGGCACACACCUUUUAUUUUACCACUUGGAAGGAGGAAAGAGUUAGGCAGGUCUGUCUGGAUUCCAGGCCAGUCAGGGAUACUGAGACCCUGCCUCAAAAAAGGUGGGGGUGGGGUGGGGCGCUAGUUUAACAUAGCUACUUUUAGGUCAGCCCGAGCUACAUGAAACUCAGAAAAAAAAUGUUGUGAAGAGGUAAAAAUUCUAAAUUUUCUUAUACAAUUGGAUUUUGCAAACGUGAGUGUAAAUACCUUAAGCAAAUUAACAUAUGCAAAUAAAAUAUUCCUGAAAUGAUCACAAAAAAUUAAGUACAUGUUACUCAUGUUUAAUGUUUAUAAUACUUGCCUAUUCUUACUCAAGACUUCUUGACUGUAUCAUACUUCUUUUUUCAUUGAAAGUAUAACUUAGUGAAUAAUUUAUGAUUGCCCAUGACUGUCAUCCCUGAUGUAUAAAAAUCUGAGAUGAGAGAGUAAACUUAAGCUCACAUUUGAAGGAGCAAAAACAUCAACUCUUUGAAUUGUGAUAAUGGAACUUUUGCCAAAUCAAUUGCGUUUCGGCCAGGUAAACUGGUAUCUCUAACGGGUGGUAAGUCAUGAGGAGAUGCGUUACCCUUUGCUGGAGAGCUGUAUUGAGUUCAUUGAUUGAAAAGCAUUUACAGUCUAGCAGGCUAUAUUUGCAGACACUUUCUGAAGUUGCAGUUGGUUACUCCCCACAUGUGUCUUUAGGUUUGUGGGUCCCCAGUGUACAUUUGGGUGUCCGGGAACAGUCUCCUUAACACAUGAGACCUGAGGAUAGUACUCAGGUUGUCAAGCUUUUGAUGUGUAUGCUUUUCACCAGCCCUUUAAGUAGUUUUUGAGUAGCUGUAUUUGAUGUGAGAUUGAAAAUGUAUCAGUGUUCCUUUUUUGUUGUUUUUUAAUACAGUGUAUCCCUGGCUCUCCUGGCAUAUGCUCUGUAUACCAGGCUGGCCUCAAACUUGGAAUCUGCCUGCUUCUGCCUCCCGAGUGCUGUAUCACAGGCAUGCGCUACCACCACCCAGUGUGAUGUCUAUUUUCUCCAAAUAACAGAAUUUUGGGGUUUUGUUAUUUGUGUGUGUGUGUGUGUGUGUGUGUGUGUGUGUGUGUGUGUGUGUGUGUGUGUGAUACAUGUGAUGUAUUAGUGGUUAGUGCAGAUGAAUAAGAGUGGAGGUCAGAAGACAGCCUUUAAGAGUUGUUACUUUGAUAGGCUGGAGUGCCUGCUGAACCCUGCCACCAAUGCCAAAUAAGAUUUUUCUUUAUAGUUUUUAAGCACUGUAACUAAUUAUAAGGAAUAUUUUAUAGUAUUGAAAAUGUUACACUGUUGAAAAUGUUUCAACUGUUAAGAGCAUGUACUGAUGUUGCAUAGGAUCUGAGUUUAGUUCCCAGAACCUGUGUCCAGCAGCUCAGAGCCACAUCCAACCCCGACUCUGCAAGAUGCAAGACAUCUGACUUCCCAGGAGACUGGCACUCACAGUCAUAAACCCACACAAACUGGUCACCAUUCAGUAUAGUUUGGUUUUGUUAUUGUUGAGCAGUACUGAGGGGUUGAAUAUAAUUAUAUCAUCUUAAAUAAUUUUCUUACGUGGAAGACUGUAGUGAGAAGAUGUAAAUCACGUUCACAAGUUAACCUCAUCUCAAAAAUGUUCAUUGCAGGAUGUGUUGGCACACUCCUUUCAUCCCAAACUUGGCAGAUCUCUGAGCUUAAGGCCCACCUAGUCUACAUAGGAAGUUUCAUAAGACUGACUUCUUAUAGGCGUUCAUAAAAUAUAUUGGAUUCUGUCUUCCAUCAGUAUCUUUUAGCUUCACAAGUCUUAUAAAACAACAUUCAAAUCAGUUAUGGUAAAGAAAAAUGUAAAUGAGAUGUGUGUUGAAUACAUCCAAACUAGUGAACAUUAUUACCCCAUAGCCUGCACUGUUAAGGCUUCAGUCACUUGGUGUAAAGUUGGUUAAAAACAUGGAGAUUUUUAAAUAAAGUAUUCAUUGUGUGUAA